AUGCACGACCUGCCCCCCGACUCGGGCGCGCGCCGGGGCGGCCGAGGCGGGGCGGAGCGCGGCGGCCCAGCGGGAACCCAGCCGUCUCCGGGCCCGCCGCCGCCGCCGUCCCCGACCCCGUGCCCGGGCGGUGCCGAGGAGGACCGCGCGCUCUGGCCUGGACACCCGCCGCGGGGAGGAGGGGGUCGCCGGCAGCAGGUGUCCCGGCCCCGAUCGCCCCUCGGGGUGUCCGGGCGCCGUCUCCCGCGGAGCCCUCGAAGGCGAUCGGGCUGCAGCCGAAGCCUCGAAGACCUCCGCGCUGGUGCCGCCCGGCCUCUUCCCUGGCAGCGGUGGCCCAGCGACGGCUGGCUCGGGUGCGGCGACCCGGACCCGGGCCCGGACGACGCUUGGCCACGUGGAGGCGGGAUGGACGCGAAGGCCACGGCGUUCCCGGGACCCCCGACCUCCAGCCCGCAGCCCCGACGUGGAGCCCCGUCUGGGAGCCCCCGCGGGGAAACUUCGGGGUCCUCCUCUGGCAAUGAUCGCAGCCCCGGAGCCCGCCCGGAUGCGCUGCCCGCCCUCCGGCCGCCGGCGGUGACGGUCAAGAAGCUGCAGAAGUGGAUGUACAAAGGGCGAUUGCUGUCCCUGGGCUCCAUGAAGGGUCGCGCCCGCGGGACGCCGCCCCCCAGCGUUCCAGGGGCGCCCGCCGGCCCCUCCGGUCUGAGCGCUUUGGGCGUGCACGACAGCCCCGUGCUCGGGGCGUCCCCAGAGCGGAGGAUGGCGCUGACAGAUUUACUUGAAAAUGUCUAUGGUUCAUCAAUGAAGAGAAGAGAACUUGAAGAUCUGAAAGAUAAUAUUGAAUUCAGAAGUCAUAAGCCACUUAAUAGCAUUACUGUGUCAAAGAAACGCAAUUGGCUUUAUCAGAGUACUUUGAGAUCUUUUAAUUUGGAAGAAGAAAAUAAGAAAUGCCAAGCUGUAUGCAGCUCACCUGUUUCCUUUCCUAAACAUCAGCUAUCACGACCUUGCCUCAAAUCAUCUGAAGAAUACUGUACAUAUAUGGUGUGCAGUGCUACAAAUUCCUCUUUAUCAAGAAACCAUCCUUUAGAUUUUGGUGAGGAAAAUGAUGCAGAUGAUGAAGGAGAAAUAUGGUACAAUCCCAUUCCCGAGGAUGAUGACUUUCCAAAUGCCUUGCGUUUUGGUGAGGCAAACUCUGCUAUUCUCAAAUUUCCCACUGUCAAUUUGACGGUCAUCUCCAGUAGUGACCUGAUGAAAGCAGAACAGCCUUCUGAAGACUUGCUGUGCUUUUCUGAACAUAGAGGUAAUGUUCAGACUAUACAGUCAAAUGAAAUGAAUCCUUCAGAUUUCAUCCAUUCCACGGAGUUUGUGCAGCAAUGCAAGCAAAGACUUGGGUAUAAAACAGAGGAAGAUAUAAUGGAGGACAGUUCCAUGCAGAAAUCUCCUUUUGCAGGUCCCAGGAUUUUUGCUGCUACAAAUAAAAAUGAAUUGGGAGUUACAGAACCAUCUUCUCCAAGUCCUAGCCCCGUGAAAAAAGGCACUUCAAUUAAUUGGAGUUUCCCGGAUAAAAUCAAAUCUCCACGAACUGUGAGGAAACUUUCCAUGAAAAUGAAAAGACUGCCAGAACUUAGCCGAAAACUGAGUGUUAAAGGAACCCUGAAUUAUGUAAAUAGUCCAGAUAAUGUUCCUCCCAUGUCUAAAUGCAGUUGUCAAGAAAUACAUCAUGCAGUUAUUCUGCCCUCAGGGACCACUACCACAGCUGCUAAGAGGAAUGUUAUAAGUCGAUACCAUCUGGAUACUAGUGUAUCUUCUCAACACAACUACCAGAAGAAAACCUCUAUGAGUUCUAAAUAUUCUUGCAAAGGUGGUUAUCUCAGUGAUGGAGAUUCACCUGACCUUAUAACUAAAUCUAGCAAGCAUGAAUCUGAAAACAAACUUGGAAAGGGGAAAGAAAUAAUCUCAAAUAGUUGUAGCAAGAAUGAAAUAGACAUUGAUGCUUUUAGACAUUACAGUUUUUCUGAUCAACCUAAAUGUUCCCAGUACAUAUCUGGGCUCAUGAGUGUGCAUUUCUAUGGUGCUGAGGACUUAAAACCUCCUCGGAUAGAUUCAAAAGAUGUCUUUUGUGCUAUUCAGGUAGAUUCAGUAAACAAAGCAAGAACAGCUUUGCUCACAUGUCGGACAACAUUUCUAGAUAUGGAUCACACUUUCAACAUAGAAAUAGAAAAUGCACAGCAUUUGAAAUUAGUGGUAUUCAGCUGGGAGCCCACACCAAGGAAAAAUCGUGUGUGUUGUCAUGGGACUAUUGUUCUCCCCACCUUGUUCAGAGUGACUAAAACUCAUCAGUUGGCUGUCAAACUUGAACCUAGAGGGCUUAUUUAUGUGAAAGUGACUCUCUUGGAACAGUGGGAAAAUUCUCUUCAUGGACUAGAUAUGAAUCGAGAGUCAGUAAUAUUUGGUGUUGAUAUUCGUAAAGUUGUAGAGAAAGAAAAUACAGGAUUGAUGGUGCCGCUCCUGAUACAGAAAUGUAUUAUGGAAAUUGAAAAAAGAGGCUGUCAGGUAGUAGGUCUGUAUAGAUUAUGUGGUUCAGCAGCAGUUAAGAAAGAACUCCGAGAAGCUUUUGAGAGGGAUAGCAAAGCUGUUGUUCUUUGUGAAAACCAAUACCCAGAUAUAAAUGUAAUCACAGGUGUUCUUAAGGAUUAUUUAAGAGAACUUCCUUCUCCUCUGAUAACAAAGCAACUUUAUGAAGCUGUAUUAGACACAAUGGCAAAAAAUCCUUUGAAAAUGUCAUCGAGUAGUUGUGAGAAUGACCCGAGUGACUCUGAGUACACUUCGGACCUGCUGGAUUGUCUCCCUGAUGUUGAGAAGGCAACUUUAAAGAUGUUAUUGGAUCAUUUGAAAUUGGUGGCUUCUUAUCAUGAAGUGAAUAAGAUGACCUGCCAGAAUUUGGCUGUGUGCUUUGGACCAGUCCUAUUAAGUCAGAGGCAAGAGGCUUCUAAUCACAACAAUAGAGUCUUUACAGAUUCAGAAGAACUUGCAAGUGCUUUGAAUUUUAAAAAACAUAUUGAGGUUCUUCAUUACUUACUUCAACUCUGGCCAGUGCAACGUUUGAUGGUCAAAGAAUCAACAGGCAAUUUGUUCCCAGAGCAGAAGUCUUCUCUAAAUUAUUUGAGACGAAAGAAAGAACGACCUUACAUGCUAAAUUUAAGUGGUACUGAUUCAUCAAGACUUCUUAGGCCAAAGCAAACCAAAUUAGACAGUCCACUAAGCAAUCGUUAUGCAGGAGACUGGAGCAGCUGUGGAGAAAACUAUGUCUUAAAUCCAAAAGAAAGCUUAAAUGAUGCGGAUUAUGAAGACGUUCUAUCAGAAGAUAGAGAAAAUUCUAGCAAAGUUUACGAACCAGAUACAAUGAUUAAGCAGCCAAUUCCCAUGACCAAAGAGUGCACAUUUCAGACUUAUUUGACAAUGCAGACAAUUGGUUCUAGAGUGGAUCAAAAAGCCAACCUCAAAGAUCUCCAAGAAAGUAUUGAUACUUUGAUUGGAAAUCUAGAGCGUGAGCUCAACAAAAACAAACUUAAGAUGAGUGCUUGAGAUUGAGAUAUUUUUUCAUGUGAUUUUUCACAAUGAUGGAAAGCUGCGAAUAAAUCUCACACCUCUGACAGUGAUUCUUUCAUUUUGACUUUUGAAGUCCUCAAUUAAUUUCUAAUCAACUCCUGUGAUAUAAUUACAAAUACUAUCCAUUAAUACAAAAUUUGCUGAUCCUCUUUAGAAAUGUUUUUCUGGGAAAAAAGAUAACCUGGACAUAACUACAGAUAACUGAAGAUAUUUUAAUAAUUCUUGCCAAUCAAUACUAUGAAGAUAAGUUUUUAAAUGCAUUUAUCAAAUUCAAAUAUAUUACUAGACCAUAUUUUUGUAUUUUGUAGAACUUCCCUUGUAUAGUUGAACCAUCGGUACUUUUAGAGAAGCAUUGCAGUUGCUUUGUCUCUUCUGCAGUGUGUAACUAUCAUUGUUUGAUCACAUUUAAUUUGCAAUGCAAAUGCUCCUAUAAGAAAAUGAUUUUUAUAAAUAAAUGUAAAGUAUACAAAUAUAAAUGUAUUCUGUAUUAAUAUUCAAUAAUUAUUUAAGCUUAUAUAAAUUAAAUAUUUUUAUAACCCUGAAAGUGUGUAUAUAUUUAUAAGUGCAAAUAUGUACAGAUUUUAGAGUAGGGAAAGUAUUGACUGCAGAACCACAUGUACCUUUAGAGUAUAUGUGCAUGAGGCAAAAAAAUAUUAGUUUACCAAUGUUUUUUUUCAGGGAAAAAACAUUUAAGUAAAAGGAGGAGUUAUCUAGAAAUAGUUGAAUCAAAA